CCGCCCCGAGCUGCUAGCCGCGAAGCUCGCACGCUGGAGGGCCGAGGGCUCGCCCGGCGGCGGCGGCGGCGGCGGAAGCGGCGUCCCAGGUCGGCUUCGGCUGAAGGGAACGAGCCGGAGGAGGAGGAGGCGACGAGGCCGACGAGGCCUGCGGGCCGCAUGACUGGAGCUCCGGGCGGUGGCGGGCCAGGCCCCGCGGCCGGGGAGCCGCUGCUGCAGCGACGCGACUCCGGCCAGGGCUCGCCCGAGCCUCUGCCGCCGCCGCUGGCGGAGCACGGGCAGCCCCGGCAGGGCUUCCUCUCCAGCCUCUUCACCCGGGACCAGAGUUGCCCGCUCAUGCUCCUGAAGACGCUAGAAACGAAUCCGUAUGUCAAACUUCUACUUGAUGCCAUGAAACACUCAGGUUGCGCUGUUGACCCAGGGAGGCACUUUUCUUGCGAGGACUGUGACGGAAAUGUCAGUGGCGGCUUUGAUGCUUCCACGUCCCAGAUUGUUUUGUGCCAGAAUAAUAUCCGAAACGAGGCCCACAUGAGCAGGGUCGUCACCCACGAGCUCAUUCACGCCUUCGAUCAUUGUCGGGCCCACGUCCACUGGUUUACCAACGUCAGACAUUUGGCCUGCUCCGAGAUUCGAGCUGCCAGCCUGAGUGGAGACUGUUCGCUUGUGAACGAAAUCUUCAGGUUGCAUUUUGGAUUAAAACAACACCAUCAGGGUCUCACUGUACAUCUCUGGCUGUCCUUUGAUGAGCAAGCAUUUCCAGCUGAGUGUGCUGACCAUGCCGAAGUAAGGCUGGGAAAACAGAGACUGUUGACCUGUGUGCGGGACAGAGCUGUCCUUUCCAUCUUGGCUGUUCGGAACAUCAGCAGAGAAGAGGCCCAGAAGGCCGUGGAUGAGGUUUUUGAGUCUUGUUUCAAUGACCAUGAGCCUUUUGGCAGGAUCCCACAUACUAAGACGUACGCCAGAUACGCUCACAGGGACUUUCGGAACCGUGAUCGCUAUUACUCGAACAUAUGAAGAAGGUGGCCGUCAGUAUCUCUGAACAUCAGGACCAUGAGGGAAAUGAGGUUCUUAGACACAGUGUAUACAAUGUAAACGAUCAGUUAAGCACUGGACACAGUGCAGAAGGUGAGAUGUUCCUAGACACAGUGUAUACUAUGUAAGUGAUCAGUUAAGUACUGGACACAGUGCAGAAGGUGAGAUGUUCUUAGACACAGUGUAUACAAUGUAAGUGAUCAGUUAAGCACUGGACACAGUGCAGAAGGUGAACUGUGGUUCUUAGACGCAGUGUAUACGAUGUAAGUGAUCACUGCCAUACACUGAAAAAGGUGCUGGUUUUAUCAUUCGACUACAAAAAGUGGAUAUUGCCUUAAACUGCAAGGCAAAAUUGGAUGUUUAUAGCUAAUCAUUUAGUAAAUAAGGUAAAUAAAUGGCAUUUUCAUAUUUUCUACAGCAUACUUGUUUAAUUCUUCAGUUUUGUAAUUUGUUCUUACUCUAUGAGAUUAUUUUAAAAGUUGACUAUGAAAUCUUUGAAGCAAUGCCCCUGUGUGAUGGUGGUGGGAGAUCAAAGUAUUUCAUACAGUGCGAUGGUCACAUUAUAGGACAUUUGUGAGAUGUUGUCAUGAUCAAAAAACAAAGAAUGAAAGUUGGGAAUAAUUCA